UCUUGGUUACUAGAGGAGAAGGAAUGUAUAAUGCGAAUUAGACAACCAUACUGUUCGGGAUUAUAAUCUCUAAAAGAAGUUACAUUUGUUGAUUCUGCUAUGUUGGAGGUGAGAGAAAGGAAGAUGAGCCUUCCUGAAAAACCACCUGAAACAUCUAAAGAAGAAUGGCUUCAAAAAUUGGAGUCAAUGCAUGUUCAGCGAUCUGACAUGAACAGACUUAUUAUGAAUUAUUUAGUUACAGAAGGCUUCAAGGAAGCUGCAGAAAAAUUCGAAGAAGAAUCUGGGCUCAGCCCUCCUAUAGACUUAAGCUCAAUGGAUAACAGAAUACAAAUUAGACAGGCAAUUCAAAAUGGUCGGACACAUGAUGCUACUCUUCUUGUUAAUCAAUUGCAUCCAGAGUUGUUAGACAAUGAUAGAUAUCUGUAUUUUCAUUUACAGCAACUUCACUUGAUUGAACUUAUCCGGGAAGGAAAGGUAGAAGAAGCUGUCCAUUUUGCUCAAAGUCAGUUAAGUGAAUCAGGUGAAUCUGAACCCGGUAUUCUUCGAGAAUUAGAAAGGACACUAGCACUUCUUGCAUUUGAGGAUCCAAAUCGGUCACCGUUUGCUGAUCUCUUAGAUGUCAGGCAUCGACAUAAGGUUGCAUCGGAGGUUAACACUGCCAUACUGAAAACUGAACAUGAAGAAUCAACUCAAGCGAAACUAUAUUCGGUUGUGAAAAUAAUCCUGUGGGCAGAGGAAGAAUUAUCAAAGAAAAAAGUCAGAUUCCCUCGACUUACAGAUAUCGCUGGAGGGCAGGUUGAGUCGCCGAAGUGACCCGAGGCUGAUUAGCCCUGGCUUUCUUGGGCACUCACGUGCAUUUCAGUUGCCAAUCUAGACCAAAAUAGCUAUAUGAGUCAGCAUUAAAACAUAUAAAAAUAUUGCAGUUAAUUUACAUUAAAGAAUCGAUCAGGUAUUAAUGCUUUAUUAUGCUCUUGUUACCAAUACCAUUGACUGGCUGUAUAACGGUUAAUUUUAUUUUACCUAUCAAGUGGUGUAUGAAACUAUAUGUUCUGUAGUAUAUGGGUAAAGAUUUUUCUUUUCUUUUAUGUGACUGUUUCCUAAAAGUAGCUAGAGUCAGUAAGAACUCAGUUUCGAAUGAGCCUAAUUUAUUUGUCUGCAGAACAUUAAUUAACUACUAAUUAGUUUCAUUGUUAUAUUCCACAUUAAUUAAAGGAAUGUUUAACUUAUGAUCUCUCGAGGUAUUGUUAUUGUGUGUCUGGGAUUCUGAUAAUUACAUUCUUUAAAACACUUGACAAACAUUUUUUGUUAAAAACAAUAUUUGUACGAAUUUUCAUCUUCCUUAAAAAAAUACUUAUUAAUGUUAAUUCCAAGAAGUGUUACAAUGAAAACAUUGAUGAAUUGUUGAAAUUAAAAAGAUUUAUUUAUCUCUAAUUAAAAAAAUAUAUAUUUUGAAAUAAUGUGUAAAUCUAAUUGAAAGUGAAUUGAUAUUAUUUAUUAAUUUAUAUAAUUAACUACUCUACUAUUGUCAGUUUCAUUUUUGGAAACAAUAUUCGCUAAUGUUUUUGUCUUCCUUUUAUUUAUUUUUUCGCUCAAAUGACUGUGGAAUUUAAACUUCAUUUAAAAGCGAUUGAAACAGAACAAUUCAAAGCCUUGAUAUAUUGUUUAUUGUUAUUAGAGUUUAACACAUUGACUUAUAAUAUUUUGUAAAUAUGUAAAUAUUGUUCUGAUUUUAUUCAGAGUUCAAGUACUUAUUGGUCUUGUAUAGUUUUCUAUUGUCAAUUCUGUUAUGAUAUUUAAAUGUAUCAAUUGUAGAUUUGAUAAGAUAUACUGUGGCUGGUUAAGAGAGUCAAUGUAAAUAUAUCAAAUUGUAUGUUAUUGUUGCUAAUGACGGUAUCAUUCUUUAAAUGAUGAAAUAUCAAACUGCUUUUGAAGGCAGGAAUGUUUAUUAGCCUACAAAGGCUAUGUUAAAAUAUAUAUAUGUAUGUGUGUGUGUAUAAUUUAAAAUUGACGUACCUAGUGUAGUGUGAUGGAUUUUAAUAAAUUUUAUUUUAUCUUCUUUUUUUUUCUACAAGUUUUUAAAAAAAUAUAGUUUAUAACAAAUAAAUUGAUAAACUAUAAUAGGUAAAAGGUGAAUUGCAUAUAUUACUGAUAUGCAGUUAAAAGUUAAAUACCUUACAGUUUAUUUGUAUUGCUAAAAAAAAUUACACAAAAUUAAUUAAUAAACAUUUUUUCUAAUUUUUAAGAAUUCUUUUAAAAAAUUGAUAUUUCUAUUUCUGCUUUCAUUUUUCUUGUGCCUGCCUGGAUAUUCCUUUGAUCAUAUUUAUAUAAUUUUAAAAAAUGUUUCUUUUAAAUUAUUCUCUAAAAGAUGAUAGUAAUAUUUUAAUUUAUUGGAACUAAUCUUUAAGUAAUAUAUUCAUGUAAAUACAUGAGUUCUUCAAAUGGUAGAUAAAUUUCUGCCCAUUUAUUAUUUUUGGAAGAAAGUAUGAUCUACCUAAAGCAUAGAUAAACGGUGACCUGUUGAAUGAAACUUUUGUUUCUUGUCAUAAACAAAAAGUAUUUAUUAAAUGUAAAUUUUUUUGUGACAUUAUUAUUAUAAUGCACCAUUGGAACUAUAAAUUUCUGUUAUAUGUUUGGUAACCAGAAAUAUAUAAUGUUACUGAAAGCAUUAGUACAAUUUAAUGAAAUAAAGGAUAAGAUAAUAUCUUAUUAAUUAAGCUGAAAUUUAAUUAUAGUGAAUCGUAGUAUAACUUUACAACUUUUAAUUUUUAUCUUAAGUGCAGCCCACUGUAAUAUUACACUAUUACACUUCAUCAACACUAUUACACUAUGCCGUAACAACCUUUAGUACCAAAUAAUUUUUUUUUGCCUAAAUGAGUCCAGUGUCUCUAAAACCAUGGUUUCGACUCUUGCAGAACACAAAAAUAUUUUUUGUGAAAAUUUAGUGUAUCAAGCCAUUCAGGGUUUGAAUUGUGAUCAUUCAGUAUAAGGAAACAGCUUUCUAUCAAAUAGAUCAUAUUAUUAAUCUAUAAUUAUAAGCAAUUCUUUUUCUUUAUUAACUUACAUUAUAUGAAAAUAAUAUGCACAAUAACUAGACUCAGGUAUUAUUGUUAUAUG